CUUUCGUUAACCACCAUGACGAUCGCUUUACUCUCUGUGUAUCGGAGCCUUCGUUUCUCUCACCAUGUUCUGGCUACAAGGUCGCGACGACAAAUGUCGACAUCACUACCCCAAGCCUUUCUAGAGCCAAUACCCUCGCAUCCUGGUGUGACCUGUCUCUCCCUUAACAGACCGCAAAGCAAGAACGCAAUAUCUACGCGAAUGCUACAGGAAAUGCGCGAAAGCUUGGAGACAGUGCGCUUUGACAAGAGUGUCCGCGUUCUAAUUGUUCGAUCUACAACUGUUGGAUCUUUCUGUGCUGGAGCGGACCUCAUGGAACGGCGAACUAUGUCUCAAGUUCAGGUUGCGAAAUUCCUAGUCGACUUACGUGCCGCUCUGGGACUGCUGGAAUCGCUUCCAAUGCCAACAAUAGCGGCCAUUGACGGCCCCGCACUUGGGGGAGGUUUGGAACUUGGCCUGGCAUGUGAUCUACGUGUGGCAGGUUCUAGUGUAACGAAGAUUGGGUUACCAGAAACUGCGCUGGGAAUAAUCCCGGGAGCGGGUGGGACCCAGCGCGCCACCAGAAUCUUGGGAAUAUCUAAAGCAAAGGAUCUCAUCUUCACUGCGCGAAUGUUAUCUGCACCUGAAGCUCUUCAAUGGGGUCUGGUGGAUUAUGUUUCCGUACCAGAGUCCAACGCAUUCGAUCGGGCUUUGACCUUGGCAGAGACCAUUUCAUUUAAUGCUCCCCUUGCUCUUCGUGCUGCCAAACAGGCAAUUUCUCGUUCUGAGGAUCUAUCCCUUGAAACAGGCUUGGACUUUGAACGAGCGUCUUAUGAACCUCUACUCUCAACUUCAGAUCGCCUCGAGGCUUUGGAAGCUUUCAAAGACAAGAGAAGACCUGUAUUUAAAGGGGAAUAGCAAGUACAAUAAGUUAAUGCAAACAACAAAAUAUGUGUAUAAACAGGAAUUGCAAAGACGCG